AAUCAAAUGCAACAUAGGGUGCGCCCGAUACAUACCACCUUUCACAAACGUGCUGUAACGUGCCAGCAAAAUUGGCCGAACUGAUCACCAAUCACAACCGUUCAUCACAAGUACCCACCCCCUCCUCUCUUGUCCCCUUACCACUGUUGUUGUGGCUAUCGGAUAGGUACACUCGAUGCAGGUUGAGCAGAAACAGACAAUUCCGACCGGUAUCGAUGCUGCGAAGCAGCUGGCCGCCUUCACUGCGGUGGAUGAACACAUCCUACCUCACCAUAAGAUAAUUGGGAUUGGAUCCGGCUCCACCGUGCCAUUCGUAGUUGACCGGAUAGUCGCGCAAGGAAAGCAGUUGAAUCAGGACAGGGUAUUCCUGCCAACCGGCUUCCAAUCAAAGGAGCUCAUCGUGAAUGCGGGUCUCCGGCUCGGCGACAUUGAUCAAUAUCCGAAUCUGGAUGUAACUAUCGACGGGGCAGAUGAAGUAGACAGGAACCUCAACUGCAUCAAAGGAGGUGGAGCUUGCCAGCUUCGAGAGAAAGUGCUGGCAGAAGCAGCAGAGACUUGGAUCAUUGUAGCUGACUAUAGGAAAGAUUCGCAGACGCUGGGAACCACAUGGAAGCAAGGUGUUCCUAUCGAAGUUGCACCUUUUGCAUAUGUGAGGGUACUACAGCAUCUCCACGACAUGGGAUCGAAGACGGCGGUUUUACGCAUGGCAAAGGCGAAGGCUGGCCCAGUUGUAACCGACAACGGUAAUUUCGUAAUAGAUGCUCCAUUUGACAACGGUCGCUACCAGAAUCCCAAAGAGCUUCUUAUGGAGAUCAAGAUGCUGACCGGGGUCGUCGAAGUGGGUCUCUUCUGCAACAUGGUUAAGGCGGCUUACUUUGGGAAUGCGGACGGUAGUGUAACGGCUAGAUUGGCGAAGGAACCAUUGUAGGAAAAGGAAGCAUGUUGAGGUAUUACAAUUACAGGUUCCCGCUCCGUUCCAGGAAAGGCACCUUGAUCUUGUACCGGGAUGUAAAGAAGUGUAGACGAGAGACUCUGAACGACACUGCAGGCAUGAACUCACAGCAU